GUCUGCACAUUGGAUUUAAGAAGUAAACAAAGAUAUCUAAAAUAUUCUCAAGAAAAUAGAUAGUAUCAUAGGUGAGAUGGCUCAAGGAAAAAAUAAAAUUAAAACAAAACUUCCAGCAAAUGUAAAACACAAAGCAAACAAAACAAAUAAGAAGAAUUCAGCUUUCCAGCAAAGAAAAAGUGUCCCAGUACAGAAAAAGAUGUUAGGUAAACUAAAAAUUCAAGCAGCUAUCACAAAAUCAGUAAACCAAAAGAAUGAAGAAGAAAUGAGAAGUCGAGCAAUCAGCAAUAAUCAAAAGUUAAGUUCAGCGCAACAGGCAGUUAAAAAACAUCAUGAGAAGAAGACUCCAUCAAAUGAAGAACCCGAAACUAUGGAGUAAAAUUUGAAAACGCUGUUGUGUUAAUUAAAAUUUAAUUACCUAUAUUUAUUAUCUUGAACAUAACAAAUAUUUUGUAGAUAAAUAUAAAAACCUAGCAAGAAAAUAAAUAAAUGUGAAGACGACUGAACGUUUCCAUAACCUUUGCGAUCGUCUCACAAAUUUUGAAUUGGUUUCUAAUUAUUAAUUCGUUUGAUAAAUUAGUAGUUAAUACUCAAAUAUUCUUUUCAAAUUACAUUAAUAACUAUCAAGAGAUGGCAUUCAAACUAGUUUGUGGCGAUAUUUUAUUAUUUCAGGAACAAUUAAAACAAAUGCGUGACUUAGAUGACAAAGUAAUUUACGCACUUAAUAAUUCACUGCCAACUGCUUCUAUUAAAGCAAGAACUGAUUCUAAUCCAAAGGAGAACUGCAAAGAACUGUAUGAGAAAUUAAAAUCAUCUUAUGCAAACAGAGAGAAAGUGAUUCAAGAAUGCAUAAUAUUAACAGCUGAACAAGUAAGCCAACUAAAGAAGCAACGAGAAACAAAUGAUGAUACACAGCUUGAUAAAAAUUUCAAAAAUGAACAGAGGAAGUUGAGGGUUCUGAAACAAGAAUUGGGAGUUGAGGAAAUUGUCAAGGAAAGAUCGCUGAAGACAUUCAAUGAACGUUGCCGAUCAUACUUCCGUGCGGAUUCCUUUUAGUUAUAAGCUCAAUCUACUUUAUUUCUAAUUGAGCCAUUAGGAAUUUAUAUUUGCAUUUUAGCAGUGAAGUUUUUUUUUCAUAGAGAAAUAAAUAAUUGAAAAAAGUUAAACAUAAUGUAA